CAAACUAUUACCAAUUUUUCUACUUCGUCCUCAAACUAUCUAAACCAGCAAUUUCAUCCCUCAAACUAUUCAAAACCCUUCUAUUUUGUCCUCAGACUAACUCCAUCCACGUUUUUAGCGGAAAAGGGAGCAUGUGCCGAGCAUGUGACUUUUUUGAAGGGCAGAAAUGGAAUUUCACGUCUAUUACUCCCACCAUCCGACAAAACCCUAUUCUUUCUCUCUUCUCUAUCUCUCAUACUUUACAUUACGCACAAAAGAAAAACCCACCUCACGUUCUCUCUCUUCUUUCCUUCUUCCAAUCCAGAGCAGAGCCAGAUUGAAUAGCACAAGGAGAGGAUUUUUUCUGCACUUCGGUGUGGAUUUUUCUGGCGAUGGACGACCGGCUAAGGAGGGAAGGAAAUGGCCUUGUCCCCAAAUAUUUCAACCCUAAUUUUUUUUCAAUCAAGGUCCACCAUGGGGGUAAUUUGACUGUUGAAGGGGGUAGGAAUUACUAUGUGGGUGGACGAAUAAGCUACAGUGACUAUGAAGAGAGGGAUAAGGUCUCAUUUUUUGAUUUGAAUGAAAUUGGUAGAAAGUUAGGGAUUAAUGAUGAAGUAAAAAUCUACUGCAAGGUCCCUAGUUCACACUUCGAUGGAGAUUUCAAACUUAUGCGGACUGAUAAUGAUGUUUUGAAAAUGGUAAGGCAGAUUAAGGAUAAUGUAGUAGAGAUUUUCCUUGUGAUCUCUAAUUCCAUUGUUGAUGAUUUGUUAGAUGUGAAUGUUGGUAAUUGGGAAUGGGAUUGUGGGACCUUUCCGGAGAGUGGGAUUACCAUUGAAAAUAUAGAUACGAUAGAGGGGUUAAAAGGGCACAACACCAAGACAUGCAAAGCCCCUGUGGAUGCAACUCCAGUUCAAUACACCAGUACAAGAGGAAGAGGAAGAGGAAGAGCCCUUGUGGAUGCCACUUCAGAUGACAACGCCAACAUUACUUCUAUUGGAGCACAGUGAAACUCUGUUUUGCUUCUUUUUGUCUUGGAAUCCAUUCAUGUUGCAUAUGGGAUUCGUAGGUAGAUUAUCAGAACCAUAAUCUGGCCUGUUUUUGUAACUAAUGUCAAUGUGGUAUAUUAUGCACUUGGUAGUUUAUGAGACCCACAAUUUAGUCUGUUUUCACCAUGAACUGAAGAUUUGUUUUGGUAAUGCCCUUUAAGAGAUAUUGGAACCUAUUUAUGACCUGAAUUGUUUGUGGCAUGUUAUGAAUGUGGUAUGUUAUGAACAUGUUUUGUUUGAGAGAUGUUUAGAGCAGUU